ACAAUAACAACAACAGGAACUCGGAUUGCUCUGCAUUGAGAUCCUUUUUCCCCUUUCCCUAAGCACCUCCUGUUCCUCCUGUGCGUGUUAACCUGCAACCAACCUAUUCCCCUGUUUCUGAUUCCAUCCACUCUGUCGCCAAAAUCUCAACAUGACCAACCAAAUUGUCAUCAACGGUCGAGAUGACCCAAAGCCUCACUUCGUGCUGGUUCCAUUAAUGGCCCAAGGGCACACAAUCCCCAUGAUCGACAUGGCUCGUCUGCUUGCCGGUCGAGGUGUCCAUGUCAGCGUCAUCACCACCCCCGUCAAUGCUGCUCGAAUCAAGACCGUUAUCGAGCGUGUGAAGGCAUCGCAACUUUCGAUCGAGUUUGUGCCUCUCCCGUUCCCAUGCAGUGCAGUAGGCCUGCCCGAGGGGUGCGAGAACAUCGACACCUUGCCUUCCAAGGAUCAUCUCCAUAGCUUCUUGGAUGCAUGUGCUCUGCUCCGAGAGCCGCUAAUACUGCACCUCAAAGAGCAAAAGCUGCACCCGAGCUGCAUCAUCUCAGACGUUUGCCACACUUGGACCGGAGACGUCGCACAAGAGUUCCGCAUCCCAAGGUUCGCAUUCAAUGGCUUCGGUGGCUUCUCUCUUCUCUGCAGGCACAUCAUCCUCACCAACGAGUUGGACAAAAAAACAUCUGAUGAGAUGGAGGUCAUCGUCAUGCCUGGAUUUCCUCAUCAUCUUGAGUUACUGAAGGCCCAAAUGCCCGGGAGCUUCGGCGGACGAGGCAUGGAGAAAUUUGCGGAGGAGUUGAAGGCCGACCAGCAAAGGUUCGAUGGCAUGCUGGUGAACACCUUCGAUGACUUGGAGGCUCUGUACAUUGAGAGCUUCCAAAAGGCCAUAGGGAAGAAGGUUUGGACGAUUGGACCGAUGUCGCUCUACAACAAAGAUGUCGCGGAUAUGGCUGCGAGGGGGAACCUGGCCUCGAUCGAUGAGAACCAUUGUUUGCGUUGGCUGGAUUCGAUGAAGCCAAACUCCGUCAUCUAUGUGAGUUUUGGAAGCCUUGCUAGCCCUAUUCCU